AUGAAGGAAGGAUUCGCCUUCCCUCAGUCCGACUUCGUCCUGGGCGACACUUUCAAAGACCUCGCCAUACUGCAAGCUAAGGCGCACAAUUUGACCUCAAUUUGUGGACAGAACCUACAUUUUGACAACUUCGCCUGGAUUGCGGAUGUCAUUUCGAGGAAUAAAGGGUUAAUCAAAGUUUAUCUUGAGAAGAGUAACGACCCCAAGAAGGAUGGCAAAAGGCAAAACCUGCGCUAUGUCGACUGCAACUGGCUGACGGAUUGCCAGAACCUGAGAGACUUUAUGAUUCAUGAUUACAAGAACGAAAAUCUAGCCAAACUUCCCCCGAGUUUGACUGAUCUCACCUUAUUUAGUCUAGUCACGUUGGAGAACAUGGUUUGGAUGGCGGAGAACCAGCAAAAACUACGCAAUUGUAUAAUUGCCUUGCGUGAAGAAGUCGCCGACGAGAGUUUGCUCCGUAACAUGGCGGAGAUUGGGAAGCCGAAGAACGCGUACGAGCUGCUAGGCCUGAGUGCACCGACCGCGGAAGGCGCCCCUACCGCGACCAAUGAUAAGCCCAUGUUGACGCCAGAAUUGCUCCGACGCUUCAUCAACCUCCCGCACAUGGAGAUCCUCUGGGUCAUGUUCCUCGUCACUAAGAAUCCCGCCAAUUCGGACAACCAACCAACGGAUUACGAUCACAUGGCCAAGCAAGUCACCCAAGUGAAAGAUCGGUUCCAGGAUUUGAAUGAAGUUUGCAAGAAAACGGCAGGAUUUAAGGAGGUAAUUUAA